CUUUUAGGAGCACUCAGGGACUUGGAUAAACAAUGGCCAAGCUGACCCACAAACCCCAAUACCGCAGCUUGGCACAUGGAAAGGUAUAGACAACUUUUACCUCAGAAAGCUCAAUAAUGAGGAGCUAGAGCUAGCCAUGGACGACAUGGGUUGUCGUUCUAAGCUCAAAGGGAUUGGCCAGAUACAUUAGGCUCCAAAUACAAGAUCAUGCAUGCAUCCAACCAUCAUCCAUGAAUGAAAACCACAUUGCUGGCCACAUCUCCUGAAUCCUCUCUUGCCUUUGUGAUGGCAAUCAACUGGAAAUUACAAUGAAUCAUGGGCUGGAAUCAUGCGCUGUGCUGCUGCUACGCCACCACGAACAGUGCAGUGGUGAACUACACGGCCAGUCCCCAUCUAUUCUCCAUAUACACUGUUUAGUGCUUAUAUAGUAGGAGGACUUUUCUGUUAUAAUCUUCUUUCUUAAACAUUGAUGAUUAAGAAGAUAUGGAGGCCCCUCUGCAACAAGACUCACCUAAAGGGGGAUGGAAAUCAGCGACAUACAUCAUUGGCAUUGGAGCAGCACAGCGAUUCGCUUAUUAUGGCCUCCUGGGGAACCUCAUCACAUAUCUAACAGAUGCCCUGCACGAGACUACUGCAACAGCAGCCAAGAACGUGAACCUUUGGUUUGGCGUAGCUACCCUCCUCCCUUUGUUUGGAGCACUCAUUGCUGACUCCUACUUGGGUCGUUUUAAAACCAUCUUGUUCUCGUCCUUGAUCUUUCUCAUGGGACUAGUGAUGUUAACAUUAUCGGUGUCGACGGUGGUGCCUGAAAGCUUUCGACGAGAGCUGUUCUUUCUGUCUAUCUACAUGGUGGCAGUAGGGGAAGGUGGGCAUAAGCCGUGCGUACAGACAUUUGGAGCGGAUCAGUUCAGUGAAGAUAAGCCGGAGGAGAGGAAAGCCAAGAGCUCAUUCUUUAAUUGGUGGAACUUUGGGAUGAGCUGUGGUGCCUCGGCAGCCAUGCUGAUAGCAAUUUACGUUCAGGACAAUGUGGGGUGGGGUGUUGGUUUCGGAAUCCUGGUCAUUGCAAUGACAGUUGCGCUUGUGUUGUUUUUGUUGGGUUGGAGAUCAUAUAGGCGACAAGCAUCGGUUGGAAGCCCAUUAACCCGGGUGGCUCAGGUGUUUGUGGCUGCUGCUCGUAAGUGGCACUUGCCUGACUCAAAGGGUGGUGGCUAUGGAGAAUGUGCUGAAGAUAGGAGAGAUGGUUUAGCCAUGGAGGUUCAGCCCAGUAGGACCCUGGCUCCUACUGAUCAGUUUAGGUUUCUGGACAAAGCGACGAUCAUAGACGAUGUUGAUAUGUCAAGCACCAGCAGAAACAAGUGGAGGCUCUGCACUGUGACUCAAGUUGAAGAAGUGAAGCUUCUCCUCCGCUUGGUUCCGAUCUGGUUCAGUUGCCUGAUGUACACGGUGGUGUUUGCGCAGCUCAGCACCUUCUACACAAAGCAAGGUAGCACAAUGGACAGAAGGAUCGGAUCCAACUUCCAUGUACCAGCUGCAUCUCUUCAGAUGUCUACUACCCUAGUAGUAAUCUUCUCUGUGACCAUAUACGAUCGAGUUCUUGUUCCAUUGGCGAGAAGCUUCACUGGAAUCCCAUCUGGUAUAACAAUGCUACAAAGGAUCGGAGUCGGCUUGUCCAUUUCGAUAAUCACCAUGGUCGAAGCAGCUCUAGUAGAGGGCCAAAGGAAUCGGAUUGCAAAACAGCAUGGUCUCGUUGAACAAACAAAUGCAACUGUGCCCAUGAGUGUGUGGUGGUUGCUUCCACAGUACAUGAGCUCAGGAGUCUGUGAUGUGUUUGCAGCGAUUGGGUUGCAGGAGCUGUUCUACGAUCAGAUGCCAGAUGGGAUGCGUAGUAUUGGGUCUGCGGCCUUCCUUAGUGUGUAUGGGGUCGGGAGCUUGCUCAGCAGCGUCAUUAUAUCUGUUGUGCAGUCGAUUAGCUCAAGGUUUGGUGAUGAAUGGUUGGGUGACAACCUCAACCUAGCUCACCUUGAGUACUACUACUGGGUGCUAGCAGGGCUGAGUAGCCUAUGGCUUGCUAUGUAUAUAGGCUUGGCUAAGUCAUUUGUUUACAAGAAGGUUGGUGGUGGUGUUGCUGCUUGACCAUUCAAAUCCAUCCAGAUGAGAAGUAGCUCUAGAGUUGGUAACAAAUUAAUGGUUCAAGGAUAGAAAUUAGUACAUGA